AUGGACAUUAAUCCUAGAAGAUGUGACACUUGGGGUCCUAUUGUUUCCAAGAUUAGAAGAAGACUUGGAGGACGACAUAAUAGACAUCUUUCUUUUGGUGAUCCUUUUUUGUGGGGCAGAGAUAAGAAGAAGAAGAAGGUGAAUUGGAUUAAGUGGGAAAAUGUUUGUUGUUCAAAGAAAGAUGGGGGUCUUGGUGUGAAGUAUUAUGGGAAAUUCAAUCUAGCUCUUCUUGGCAAAUGGAAGUGGCGUAUUUUGAAUGAGGAGAAUUCUUUACGGACUAACCUUCUUUCUUGCAGGUACGGAGAUAUUAAAAGGGUUAUACUUAGCCAUCCUUCUUUUUGUUCUAGGAGCAAGAUUUCUCUUUGGUGGAGGGAUAUUUGCUCUAUUGGUGUUUCAGACUCGGAUCAUGCUUCAAAUUGGUUUUCUUCUACUAUCUCUCUUAAACUUGGUUCCGGUCACUUUUUGGAGUUUUGGAAUGACUGUUGGAUUGGCGCUACCCCUUUUAGUUCUCUUUUUCCAGAUUUAUACCAUUUGAUGGCUAAUCGUUUUGUUAAGGUGGCAGAUAUGAGAGUUUGGUUCGGUGAUUUUUGGCAUUGGUCAUUUUGUCUGGAUGGUGCAAAUCUCGAGCAGGUCAUGGCAAGUGCAACCACGGUGCUCGGCCGCUGA